CAUUAUUUAGCUUAGGAUCUGUUUAUAUAAAUGAUUUUAGUAAAUAAAACGAACAUCAUUUCUAAACAAAACAACAACAAAAAUGGCCAAUUUGAUUCAAUUUUCAUCAUCGUUGAAAAAUUUAUGUUUUAAAUCAAUUUGUCGUUGUUUGUCAACAAAUUCAACACCAGAAUUACCUCCUUGUGAUUAUAUUCCAGAAAAAUAUAAGACUAAAUUAAGUAGAUUUGAAAUAGAACAAAUUCAUCGUAUCAAUUUGAAUCCAUGUCUUACAACUUGUUAUAAACGACCAGUAUUUUUAACACAAGGACAUAUGCAAUAUGUUUGGGAUGAUUCUGGACGACGUUAUCUUGAUAUGUUUGGCGGAAUAUUAACAACAUCGAUUGGACAUUGUCAUCCUCGUUUAGUUGAAAAAAUUCAACAUCAAUCAACAAAAAUAUGGCAUACAAGUUCAUUAUAUUUGACUGAAGAGAUACAUGAAUUUGCCAUUAAAUUGGCCAAUCAUUUUCCCGAACCAUUACGAUGCGUAUUUGUUUGUAAUUCUGGAUCAGAAGCCAACGAUAUAGCUAUAACUAUGUCUAGAUUGUAUACAGGUUCAUUUGAUAUUAUAGCAUUAAGAAAUGGUUAUCACGGUAGUACACUUUCUACAAUGCCAUUAUGUUCGAUUGGUGUUUGGAAAUUUCCUAUGCCAACUUCGUUUGGUUUUCAUUAUGCUAGCUGUCCUGAUCCUUAUCGUGGACGUGUUGGUGGUCGAUUUUGUCGUGAUUCCUUGAUUCAAACUAAUCGCCAUUGUGAUUGCAUUGAUGCAGAUCAUUGUCAGGCUGCAGAUUAUUAUAUUGAAGAUUUACAAACAAUGAUGGAUUCAUGUCUUCCUAAAAAAAUUGCAGCCAUGUUUGCCGAAUCUAUUCAAGGUGUUGGUGGUGUUGUACAAUAUCCUAAACAAUAUAUUAAACGAGCUUAUGAAUUAGUUAAACAACGAAAUGGUUUAAUGGUAAUGGAUGAAGUUCAAACAGGAUUCGGAAGAAUCGGUACAAAUUUUUGGGAAUUUCAAUCACAUGGAAUUCUACCGGAUAUUGUUACAAUGGCAAAAGGAAUUGGAAAUGUAACAGCUGUACUUGGUGCACAAUGGGGUGAUGAAGGAAAAGGAAAAAUUGUCGAUUUAAUUGCAUCCGAAAUGGAUGUUAUUUGUCGUUGUCAAGGUGGUAAUAAUGCUGGUCAUACUGUUGUUGCUGAUGGUGUUGAAUAUGAUUUUCAUUUAUUACCAAGCGGUAUUAUUAAUACAAAUAUUACAUCAGUACUUGGUAAUGGUGUUGUCAUUCAUUUGGGUCAAUUAUUAGAUGAAAUACAUAAAAAUGAAGAAAAAGGUUUAAAAAAUUGGCAACAACGUUUAAUUAUUUCGGAUCGUGCUCAUCUGGUUUUCGAUUUUCAUCAAGAAGUUGAUGGUCUGAUUGAAAAAGCAAAAGGAAAUAAAAGUCUUGGAACAACAAAAAAAGGUAUCGGGCCAACUUAUUCAACAAAAGCAUCACGUAUCGGUAUUCGUAUGGCCGAUUUAAUGGGAGAUUUUGAAAAAUUUUCCGAAAAAUUUUAUUCAUUAGUAAAAUUUUAUCAAAUACAAUUUCCUGAUUUAAAAGUAAAUAUUUUGGAACAAUUAGAACGUAUAAGGGAAAUGCGUGAACAUAUUCGUACUUGUGUUAUUGAUACUAUACCGUUUAUAUCAAAAUCAAUACAAGAAAAUCGAAAAAUUUUAGUCGAAGGUGCUAAUGCAAAUAUGUUGGAUAUUGAUUUCGGUACUUAUCCUUAUGUAACUUCUUCGAAUUGUACGGUUGGUGGUGCUUGUACCGGUUUAGGUAUACCACCAAGAUUUAUUGGCAAUGUUUUUGGUGUUGUUAAAGCAUAUUGUACAAGAGUUGGUGAUGGUCCAUUUCCAACUGAAUUAAAAGAUGAUAUUGGUGAUUAUCUACAAAAAGUUGGUAAAGAAAUUGGUGUUACUACUAAACGUAAACGUAGAUGUGGUUGGUUGGAUAUUGUUUUACUUCGUUAUGCUGAUAUGAUCAAUGGAUUUUCAGCUAUUGCAUUGACCAAAUUGGAUAUAUUGGAUGGAUUAUCCGAAAUAAAAAUCGGUAUCAGCUAUAUGAUUGAUGGACGUGAAAUUGAUACACCACCUGCUAAUAUUGUUGAUUUGGAAAAAGUAACUGUCAAUUAUGUUACAUUACCUGGUUGGAAAUGUUCAAUUAGUGAUUGUCGUCAAUUUGAUGAUCUGCCUGAAAAAGCUCAAAAUUAUGUACGAAAAAUUGAAUCAUUAUUAGGAAAACCAAUAAAAUGGAUCGGUGUUGGUGCAUCUCGUAAUUCAAUUAUACAAUUAUUCUGAUCAUUGGAAAAA